AUGGCCGAGCGUAUCCAGGUCGGCGUCCGGUGUCGACCGCCUCCCGGCAACAACGCGCUGCACGACGCCUCGUAUGCGCUGGAGCUCGAGCCCAAUGCGAUCCACAUCGUGCCCGCCCACAGCCGCCAUGUCGGCCAGCGCUCGUUUGCGUUCGACCACGUCUGGGCGCCGGGGACGUCCCAGGCGCAAGUGUACGACCAAGCGGUCGCGCCGCUUGUCGCUCACUUGCUCGGAGGCCGGUCUGGGGCCGUGCUCGCCUACGGUCAAACGGGCACGGGCAAGUCGUAUACGAUGGGCUUUCUCGAGGCGUCGUCGGCGCCGGAGCUCGGGAUCAUUCCCCGCGUCUUCGAGCACCUCUUUGCUGCGCUCGCGCCGACGAUGCACAAAGUGCACAUGUCGUUUUGCCAGAUUUACAUGGAGACGGUCCAUGAUCUGCUCGUCCCGCUGGCGUCGUCGCUGGCGGAUUUGCCCGUACGCGAGCGAGACAGUGCAUUCUACGUCGAUGGCUUGGAAGUCCACGCCGUCACGUCACUGCAGGACGCCCGCAGCCUCGUGCACGUGGCGAUGGCCAAUCGCGCGCUCGCCGCGACGGGCCGCAACGCCACGUCAUCGCGGAGUCAUUCGCUGCUGACGAUCUCCGUGUCGACGACGUCUUGGACGGCGCAGCUCGUGCUCGUCGACCUCGCCGGCUCGGAGCGCAGUCUUCCGGGUCUUGGCUUUGCACAUGACGCGACCAAAGCCCGGCUACUGGAAGCGAAGAGUAUCAAUUCGUCUCUCUCAGCGCUCGGCAACGUCAUGUCGUCGCUCGCGAGCGCGACGCGGGCCUCGUACCGUGACUCGAAGUUGACAAAGCUCCUCAAAGGCGUGCUGCGAGCCGGAAGUACAGUGGUCUUGGCGACGGUCGACGGCGCGGCGGCCAACCUCGCCGAGACGCUCUCGACGCUCAAAUUUGCAGCGCGCUGUCGCCACGUGACCCUGCCCAAGCGCCUCAGUAUUGAGUCCAGUAGCGUGCAUAAGAAAGCAGCAGCCAUGCAGACCGUCGCCACACAGACCGAGGCGCUGACCGACGUCGAUGUCCUCCGCGACGCCUUUCAGAAGAAAGAAAUCGAGCUCCAUAUGCUCUACCAGGAGCAGCUGUACAAGCUGCGAAGAGCACUGGAGCGGCUCAGUGCGCGACCGGACGACAAGGCGGUGGCAGCGUGGUCGGUCCUGGGCGAUCGGACGAGUACCUUGGCACGUCACGACGACGACGGCGACGAUGUCCUUUCCGUCUCUACCGAGGACGGCGACGAAGCGUUCAACCAAGUCGAGCUGUAG